CCGGAGGCAUUGCUUUUCGACUGUGAUGGAGUACUCGUAGACACAGAGGCAGAUGGGCACAGGGUCGCGUUCAAUGAGGCAUUCCGGCAGAAAGGGAUCAAACACGAGUGGGACUUGGAUCUAUACGGGGUGCUGCUCCAAACUGGGGGAGGCAAGGAAAGGAUGACCAGAUAUUUCACGGAACACGAAAGCGAGGAGCCUUUCCUCAGCAUCAAGGACGUGCAGCAGCGGCAGGAGCUGGUGAAGGAGCUGCACCUCCUGAAGACAGACAUCUUCAUGCGCAUGGUGGAGUCUGGCAUGAUGCCGCUGCGUCCUGGAGUCAGCCGGCUCGUCGGGGAGGCCAUAGCCAAGGGCGUGCCGGUGGCGGUGUGCAGCACUUCGAAUGAGCGGGCGGUGUCCACCAUAGUGCGCGUGCUGCUGGGCCCAGAGGUCGAGGCCAAGAUGCGCGUGUUUGCCGGGGACAUCGUGAAGGCCAAGAAGCCCAGCCCUGACAUUUACAACCUGGCCGCCGAGACGCUCCAAGUCAACCCCAGCAGGUGUGUGGUGAUAGAAGACAGCCAGAUUGGGCUGCGGGCUGCAAAAGCGGCUGGAAUGCGCUGCAUUGUGACAGAGUCACGCUACACGGCUGGAGAGGACUUUGACUCAGCCGAUGCUGUUGUGGACUGCAUUGGCGACGCUGGCGAGGAGCGAUUCAGCUUGGAUGACCUGACUGCUGCCGGUAUGAUGCCUGAGGUGGACAAUACAGACACAGUCGGCUAUUUGUUGACAGCACAGCGCUACCACGUGCUGCAAUAUCUGCUUGAAGAAGCUGUGUGGGCGCCAGAAUUUCUGAGGAAUUUGUGGCUUCCCUGCAGGGAAAUUCUGGCAAGAAUGGUAGCGUGGAAGGAGGAUCUUGUAGCUGUUGCUGGAGUGAAUGUUCAAGGCCCACUUUCUAUUCAGUGUUUUUGA